GAUCCUCCCCCUGAUGGAUUAUUUACCGGGCGCUCAGUUCGGUGUCGCCAUCUGCCAGAAGAGGAAAAAUACACUCUUGAAGCACAUGAUACGACUUAGUAGUUGUUGGAAAACAAAGUGGCUGAAGGAGUAAAUGACAUUCAAAUAAGUCGUGUGCGCAACAGGUACGCACCCAUCCUGCAGGAAGACGCACGCGAGGCAGCAGGUCAGUUUCGAAUUUGAAACUACCGAAUGGACGGACUUUUGGAUGAUCCAUAGAGAAAUUAAGUGAUCAAUGUGAUGAUCGAUUUCCAAACACCGCGGUUAAUCUCGCGGUGAAGUAGUCGGACUCAAGUGUAAGGAAGGGAUCAGGAGGGGGCGGCGGUCGUUGUGCAGUUUGGAGCAGCCAUGGUCUUCGAAAGCGAGCGGACGCUGCUGGCCGCAAGGCAGGGGGAUGUGCAAAUUCUCAAAGCGCAGUUCGCAUCAAAAUCGCUCACCAGAGACGUGAAGGAUGCACUGGGGGCCUCGCCCGUCCACCACGCAGCCCGGGCGGGCAAACUGGCUUGCGUGCGCUUCCUGGUGGAGGAGGCUGGGCUGCCGGGCCACUGUCUGGCCAACAACGGGGCAAGUCCUGCGCACGAUGCCGCAGCCACCGGCAACCUGGCGUGCUUACAGUGGCUGCUGACCCAGGGUGGAUGUCGGCCAGAGGACAAAGACAGUUCUGGCGCUACCAUUCUCCACCUGGCCUCCCGCUUCAGUCAUCAUGAGAUCACAGAGUGGCUGCUGAAGAGUGGGCAGGUGGACCCCGGGGCUGCCACCGACACGGGCGCCCUACCUGUUCACUACGCUGCUGCCAAGGGAGACCUGCCCUCGCUCCGACUCUUACUGGGGCACAGCCCAAAUUUCACCAACUCCCAAACUAAAAAUGGUGCCACACCGCUCUAUCUGGCCUGCCAGGAGGGCCAUUUGGAGGUCAUCCAGUACCUGGUCAAGGACUGCGGAGCUGAUCCUCUCAUCAGAGCCAACGACGGGAUGACACCCUUGCAUGCCGCGUCCCAAAUGGGCCAUAACACCGUCAUUGUUUGGCUGAUGAGUUUCACGGAGAUCAGGCUGAUGGACAAGGAUGGUGACGGGGCCACAGCUAUGCACUUUGCAGCCAGUCGCGGUCACACAAAAGUUCUCAGCUGGUUGCUCCUGCACGGGGGUGAGAUUGUCACCGACAACUGGGGAGGAACACCGCUGCAUGACGCUGCAGAAAACGGUGAACUGGAGUGCUGUCAGAUUCUGGUGGUCAAUGGGGUGGAUCUGGCCAUCAGAGACCAGGAUGGCUUCACAGGGGCUGACCUGGCUGAAUACAACGGACACUUCCAGUGUGCCAAGUAUCUACGCACUGUCGAGAACAUGAGUGUGGAGCACCGGGUUUUGUCUCGGGACCCCUCGCUUGACCUCGCAUACAAGGAGCCUGAAAACAAGCAGCAGGAUUCGGGCCUCUCGUCCCCAAACACCACCAUGCCCCCUACCAGCCAAGCGGCCCACUUUGACAUUAGUUCACCGGCCAGCUCCUUGUCUAACUACGGCUCGGCCAACUCCAGCCAAUCCAGCACCGGGGAGAAGAGGAGCAGCUUAACAUUGUCUCGAGGCACACCGCUGAACACGGCCGCGCACACAGGUGCCUCAGAGACAGCCAUAUCCGACAUGCAAGCAUACAUGGACAUGCUAAACCCAGAUAUCGACCCAGACAGGCCCAAGAAGAGUCACGACUCUGUUUCAACGCUACCACCACCACCCACAUUUCCACCCCCGCCUCCCCCACAUUCUCCUCCGCCUCCCCCGCCGCCCCCGGGCUAUCCGGCACCGAAGCCCCCUCAGGAGGCCUCAUCGGUGGAGUUUCUGAAGGUGAAAAGCAACCUGCGCCACGUGGAGGGCAGCAACAACAAGAAGAAGGAGCAUCUGACGGUGGGAGAACACCACGACAUACUGCAGCGUACAGACUCCAACAGAAAGUCGAGGAGCUUCAAUAAGCAGCCAAGCACUGGGGACUACUACAAGACCCUGGGGAGUGACAGCGCCGAGCUCCGUGGGAGCAAAGACAUGGCACCAAAGGAGGAGGGCUCUGUUUUAUUGGAGGAGCCUGGCGAUGGCUCCACCCAAGCAUCUGAAAAUGGCACUGCGGAGGAAACAGCCCCAGCACCACCUCCACCUCCACCACCACCACCACCACCACCUCCACCACCUCCCCCUCCAAGCAACCCGACGCCAACACCCCCAACACCUCCUCCGUUGCCACCGGACACACCGACAACCCAGAAUCACUCUGCCAACAUCUCCAACAAACAGCGACGUGCAUCUUCCUCGUCAGGAAGCACAAAAUCUUUCAACAUGAUGUCCCCCACUGGUGAUAACUCAGAAUUGCUGGCAGAAAUUAAAGCCGGAAAGAGCCUGAAGCCUACACCUCACAAUAAAGGCUACACCACUGUCUUUUCCAACAGUGGGCCAACAGGCAACAACGGAAACACUGUCUCUCCACCAGAGACUCGCCCUUGUAGCCCGCCAUCCAAGACGUCAUCCCCACUCACGUCCAAUACGUCGGUCACCUCCCCACCCACAACGCCGAGUCCCACUCCCAGUCCACCUAGCACGGGAACCUUCAGGAACAUGUCGGCAUCAGCCAGCUUGGAGCAAAUACACUCCCAUUCUGUAGUCAAUGGAAGCAGCAUUGCUGGCACGGCAGCAGCACAAUCGGGGAGAAAGUCAAGCCUUGCCGACGUGGAGGCGCUCGUACCCACGCACGACGAGCAGGGAAAAGCCAUCCCCGAAUGGAAGAGGCAGGUGAUGGUACGAAAGCUUCAGGUCAAAGUGCAAGAGGAGGAGGAGCACAAACGCAAGGUGGAUGAGGAAGCAGCGCGCCUGGCCUCCAUGCCUGCCUGGAGGAGAGACAUGAUGAAGAAGAAAAUGGACGAAGAGAGAUGUGACAGGGAACAAAAAAGGAAAGCAGAGGAGAAGGCCAAACAGGCCAAGGAGGUAGAGCAGAAGACCGAGCAGGAGCGACUAAGGAUCCUGGGUUUCGACGAAUCUAAGCUUGCCCCUUGGCAACGACAGAUCAUCCUCAAGAAAGGGGACAUAGCCAAACAGUGACCUGGCCUUCCCGCUUUCUCUUCCGCUCAUGGGGCCCUUCCCAUCAUCAAAUCAGCCACAAUUCCCAAGGCCUUCCAUCACUGAUUGCUUUUCUCAACUCUUAUGCUUGUCUGUGCCCUCUGCGGGAGCAGCUCAACACCACUCCCGACGAUGUCACGUCUUUGUCUCUCAUCGUCCAGACACGGAACUGAUGCAGGCUGGCCUUGGUCCUCGUUAAAAGUCUCAUGGACACAAACUUAAAGCAGUAGUAUAGCCUCGGCAUGCAAAGUUUGCCCUCACGCAAGACCUUUUCUUUAAACUGCAUGUGUCCUUAAUUCAGGCCUGUUUGCUUUACCGCUAAUUCAAUGUGUUUCUCAUAGAUGUUGUCAUAAAAACGGCGAGUGACAAAAAAAAAAAAGAAAGCUUAGCAAUGUUGCCAUGGGAAGGAGUUAAGAGAUGUCUGCUUUGUACAGUCCACGCACUCGCCGUUAUGUAACACCAUUGACAUACUAAUCAAUUAAUCUAUGGUAUAAAGACAUUUUUGUAUGAUGGUCAUAGAAGCGCCAUAGUUGUCAUUCUUUCACAUUUUGUGGAUGUGUACAUUUCAGCAAAAUCAAAUACAUGUUAUAAUUGUUCUAAAUCCGCACUGGAAAAAUUAAAGGCUACGUUGAUCAUAAUUCAUUUUUCUAUUGGUUACUAUUGUGAUCAUGAAUGUGUGCAUUGUUGCGUAAUUUGCUUAAGCAGGAUGUAAUGGAAUAAAUAUACUUAACCGAGGUCCCAGUUAUCCUGUUACACUAACAAAUAAACACAAAUUAUAUUACUUAAACACUGCAGGUUAUUUGGAUAAAGUCUAGUUCAUUUUUACAACAUGCAGUUUGUCAACACACAUUGAGUACUGCACAUGUAUAUUUAUCACUUGCUGAAUGAUGAUUAUUAUCACCAUCAUCUUAUGAAAUUUAAUGGUUUUUUUCUGCAGCAAGAAAAUAUCUUUAAGGUAACACUCGAACUCUGCUGAAUAUUUAGUAUAGCGUGAAUGACAAAGUAAAUAUAAGCAAAGCUUGUAGUUGUCAUUAAUAUGCAGGUGUAUAAAUAUAGUAUGUUAUGUACAUACAGUAAAUUAAUUUUUAAACGCUCUCCGAAAAGCUAUAUCGUAUAAAUGUUUACAGUAGAGAGAAUAAUCAUUUAAUGAAGCUUGCACUGCACACCUUAUGUCAUCAUCAUUUGGAAAUAAUUACGGACUCAUCAGCUGCCAUAUGAUGUUGAAAUUUAAAAUGAUGUAUUCGCCAUUUGAUUUUUCUAUGCAUAUAAACCCUGUACAUAGUCACCUUCUCUGAUCAUGAUACUGUCAGUGUUUGCAUAUUGGAUCUCAGCCUUGAUUGGAUGGAAUGCUGUCUAAUAGCAGAAAGCAUGAUUAUGUUUUCACUGUUAAAAUCAAACGAAAU